AUGUCCUGGUUACUAUGGUGAAGGAUCUUUUUCCUGGGAUGACAUGUAUAUUAGACAUGUUUUUAUACGAAAGGUUUAUUCAAUCCUGAUGCUGCAGCUCUUUUCAACAGUAGCAGUUAUUGCUCUCUUCACAUUCUGUGCUCCAGUGAGGAUAUACAUUCAGACACAUCCUGUGUUAUACUCCAUGUCCAAUCUUCUGUUUCUUGUCACAUAUAUCUCAUUGGCUUGCUGCAGUGAUUUGAGGAGGCAGUUUCCAUGGAAUCUUAUUCUGCUUACAAUCUUUACUCUGAGCAUGGCUUGCAUGUUGGGUUUCAUCUCUAGUUUCUACAACACCAAGUCUGUAGUGCUGUGCAUUGGCAUCACUGCCAUAGUGUGUCUGUGUGUCACCAUCUUCAGCUUUCAGAGCAAGAUUGACAUCACCUCUUUCCAAGGUCUUCUCUUCAUUCUGUGUAUGGUCAUGUUUUUCUGUGCUAUUGUCAUGGGAUUUGUGGUUCCCUUUGGCUAUGUUCCCUGGUUGCAUGCAGUCUACGCCAGCAUAGGAGCUGUUGUCUUUACCAUGUUUCUUGCCUUUGAUACACAGCUGCUGAUCGGGAACAAGCAAUACGCAAUGAGUCCUGAAGAAUAUAUCUUUGCAACACUCAGUCUCUACCUGGAUAUUGUGUACUUGUUCACGUUCCUGCUGCAGUUGUUUGGUAAUGGUAGAGAAUGAGCAUGCUUGUGUUGUAAUAAUGUCUGUCACGUACAAUACUGAUAGCUAAUGUUUCAAACUGUUCUGCAACCUCAACAUUUUUAGAACAACAUGUGGCCUUUUAUUUACUGUUUAAAGAAAAUCAACUCUGUAGGACUGUUUUCUCAGGUUCUGAGAUAUGCACUUCAUGUGUUAUUCAAAGGUCAAAGUCGAAAACUUUUCACAUGACUAAAUCAUUGUGAAUAUACUUGGUUGCACCAAAACAUGUGCAAGGACUGAUUUUAAAAUAAAAAUUUGCAAGGACUGAAAUUGAAAUAAAAAUAAAAUUGAAAAUACAAAUUAAGGUCCAUCAAAUCUGGGAUCUUAUCAUGAACUAUUGGCUUAAAAGGAGCUACAAAAAUGAAGUAAGGUCUUUUUUGCUUAUGACAAAUGAUUUUAUUUAUAAUUAUAUGUCAAUAAAAUUUUCACUCAGCUGGCAGUUGAAAGUUCAGAAAGUUC